AUGUGGGGUGCCGGGGCGUGCUCCAGCCCGCGCGCUGCCGCGCCGCCAACCGCCUGGCACACACGGGCCUCGCGGCAGAUUCGACUCAGUUCUGGAAAACUGCAGGACCUGGGGGUCGUGGAAGGAAGCAAGCUGACGCUGGUGCCCACCGUGGAGGCCGGCUUGAUGUCCCAGGCGUCCAGGCCAGAACAGUCGGUGAUGCAAGCUCUGGAAAGCUUAACUGAAACUCAGAGCCCGGCUCCCAGCCCCGCGCCCGCCGCGCCGGCCCCCCCCAUGUACUGUAACGCCCCCCACCCCGCUCCCGUCACCGCCGGGAUGUUCCGGUCGCACGGGGCCAGCACGCAGACGGUGAACAGCAGCGUGGUCUCCUCCUGCUCAGAGGUGGACUGCGGCACCCGCGGCAGCAGCUCCCCGGGCAGCAGUCCUGCCCCCACGGCCCGAUCCCGCAAACCCGGUGCGGUCAUCGAGAGCUUCGUCAACCACGCGCCUGGGGUCUUCUCAGGGACCUUCUCUGGUACGUGA